CGGCCCGGCCCGCCCACAGCGAGCCGGCCCCGCCGCGACAGUGCCACGCCGGCGGCCUGCGCGGAGCGAGAUGGGCCGCGACAUGAUCCUGGUCCCCAUCCUGCUCCUGCGCCUCCUCGCCAUCGCCCCGUCGCGGGCCGAGGGCGUCGCGACGGUGGCGGAGGAGGUUAAAAUAGAGGUGCUGCACCUCCCCGAGAGCUGCGGCCCCAAGAGCAAGAAGGGGGACCUGCUGAACGCGCACUACGAUGGCUUCCUGGCCAGCGACGGCUCCAAGUUCUACUGCAGUCGGACGCAAAAUGAAGGUCAUCCAAAAUGGUUCGUUCUGGGUGUUGGACAAGUCAUAAAAGGGUUAGAUAUUGCUAUGAUGAAUAUGUGUCCUGGAGAAAAACGGAAAGUGAUCAUUCCUCCAUCAUUAGCAUAUGGACAGCAAGGAUACGGUAGCACUUCAAGAAAAUACUGCUUUCCUACAGCAUACUUGUCCUCUGUCUCAGCGUAUUCCUGCAUGUUGGGGAAGAUGCCUGCCUAAUCUUGAAUUAGAAAAGAUGCAUGUGGCUUUCUAAAUCUUUACAUGUCUUUCUUUUGUU